AUGUCCUUUACCCUUAUUGUCAUGAUGAUGCUCCUAGGCUCUUCAGGGGUAAAGAACUUUGUGUUGGAGCCUACAGCCUCCGCUGUCUCCCAUCCCAGGUGCCAGGAUCAGUCUUUGGAGACCAUCAGGAAGAGUCUCCUUGGGGCUCUCAACCUGCAGAAUGAGCCAAGAAUCCCUGUUGGAAUGGUGGACAACAUCAGAGUGCAAUGGCAGAAAUGCCUCAGCGCCAUGUCCCAAGACACUACCGCUCCGGCGCUCUCUGUGUCGCCUGACAGUGGAAACAGCACAGACCCGAAGUGCUGCACCACGACCUCAGAGAUCUCCAUGAAAGAUCUGGGCUGGGACAACUGGGUGAUUCAUCCCAUGAGCUUGACCACUGUUCAGUGUGCCCUCUGCAAUCCUGCAGACAGAACUGCAGAGUGUCCAUCAUCCCGCUCCACUGCCCAGGACACUAACUCGCAGGGCCAGCUGCCGUGCUGUCAGCCCACCUCCCAGGAAAUGGUGCCCAUCGUCUUCAUGGAUGAAACCAGCACUAUUGUCAUUUCCUCUGUGCAGCUGACGCGCACCUGUGGCUGUGAACCUGGGAAUGAACCGGGGCAGCCUGCCAACGAAUAGGGUGAGGUUUGUCCUGCAGUCCUGCAAGUGGGACACAAGGAACCUGGCUUAUCCAAAGUAUAUACCUAUCUUCUUUGUUAUAAAGACCUGUACAGCUGAUUGUUUCUCUAUCUUCAACUCUUUGCCUGUGUGUUUGGCACUGGUCGUGGGAACCGAAGCAGUUUCAGUUUUGCAUUCCUGCUGCC